ACAGUAAAAGCCUCAUCUAAAUAAAGGGCGGUAUCUUGUUCUCUUAUUCACAGUAAGUCUAUCAGGGCUAAACAUUAUACGCCACGGUAUGAGCAUUUAAAAAACUGUCAUCAUCACCUGUUCUGAAAUCUGUCAUCUUCCAGGCUUUCUUGUGAUUUUGGUGCCAAUUUCGGACUCUUGAGACCUGCUUCACAAAGGAACACACCUAUUGGUAUUCAUCUGGACUGCAGUGGAUUCAUUUAAGUGGCUUUUUUUGAGUUUUUAAUUUAAUUAAGGGGCGUUUGUUGAUAUUUUUUCGCGGGCCAUGAGCACCGUCGUUGAUCUUGCUACGCUCCAGUGGUUACAACAGACUUAUACUCCACGCAGCAUGCCUGCGGCCAGCCCUAACACCACCAGUAGCCAGUCUAGUAACUCUGGGGAACAACUCAGUCAGACCAACCUGUAUAUACGAGGCCUCAACCCUAACACAACCGACAAAGACUUAGUUAAUCUCUGCCAACCAUAUGGCAAAAUAAUUUCCACCAAAGCCAUUAUAGAUCAACAAACCAACAAAUGUAAAGGGUAUGGAUUUGUGGACUUUGAGUCACCCACAGCAGCGGAGGUCGCUGUACAAGCCUUACAGUCACAGGGAAUCCAGGCUCAGAUGGCCAAACAACAAGAGCAGGACCCUACCAACCUAUAUAUUGCCAACCUUCCAAUCUAUUUUGCUGAGACCAAUCUAGAGAAUAUGUUUAAGGACUAUGGUACCGUGAUAUCCACGAGAAUUUUACGGAAGCCCGAUGGCAUCAGUCGAGGGGUGGGGUUUAGCCGAAUGGAAUCCAAAGAAAAAUGCGAGAGGAUCAUCGAUCAAUUCAACGGAAAAAUCCUUCCAGGUUGCACAGAACCUCUGUUGGUGAAAUUUGCUGAUGGAGGAAACAAGAAAAAGACUGCUAUCCCACAAAUGCGGAAUGAGUUGGCCCAGAGUUUGGUUGGUCUUGACAAAAGUGGAUCCCUGCAGGCCUACUUCCAACAAAUGGGAGAUCCAAGCCUUGCCUUAGCUGCCUAUGCUGACCAAGCCCUCGCAACAAAUGGAGUUGGAACUCCCGCCUUAAUGACCCCUGCAGGCCUGACCCUCCCCCGAUACACCGUAGCCACCACCCCUCAGACCUACCAAGUGGCUCAGACUAACCCUGCUGCUGCUGCCGCUGCCCAGGGCUGGGUCCACCCAGGAUACAUCAUGCAGCCUCCUAUGGCCCAUUACCUCGCCACCUCCCCCCUGGCCCAGUCCGCUUACUCACAGAUUCCAUACCAAGGGGGCGCCAUGAUCCAGGGCCUUCAGCUUGAUCCUGACCAAGCUAGCGGUGAAGAACAAUUACAGGCUAACCUUCAAGCUGCCUAUGCAACUCAAUCAAGCUUCACAUAAGACAUGGCCACAUGCACCAGACUAACUCUGCUAUUCUGAUUGAGAGGAUAAUUGAUCGGUGCUAUAUUUGUAUCCAAAGUCAUCAAUGUCCCCCGCUGAAAGCCUUUGACAGGACGCAUAACAUUUUCAUCAAUUUGUGACAUUUUUUUCUGUAAUUUUAAUGACAGUGGGUAAAAUUGUUUUCCACAAAUACACAAUUUUAUUUCCUUUAAUAAUCUUUCUUGUUUUCUAAUAUGGCAGCAUUUCUCUUCAAUGUCACCAAAUAAUGUCUAUAAUUUACAAGAUUAAUUUUUCAUCUGACAGGUGUAGGAAAUGUUUUGUGAUAAAAGUUUUCGUUUAGUUGUUCAAAAAAAAGACAAAAAAAACCUGAAGUGUUAAAGAGUUGCCAUUGUCUAAGGACAAGGUCAUGAACCACAUGUUUUAUGUUAUGCAAUAGGAAAUACUUCAGAUGAAGCCUUUUAUUUGUGUAUUGAGAGUACAUUCUUUUAUUCCUACCUCGGUCGUUUGUUAAUUGUGUGAUUGACAUGUAUAGUUCAACAGUUCAAAUCAAAAAAAAUAAUGUUGGUAGAACAAUCGCUAAAUGACAAUAGCUUAUUAGUUGUUGAUUAAUGUUUCUGUGUUUCCAAUCAUUGAUGAGAUUAUCUUUGUUAUUUUCUGUAAUCGUCAAUUUUUUCUUUUUCAUUUUUGUUUUUUGGAUUAAUUCCUCCAACUUUUAAAUUAAGAUUAUUUUAAAAAAGAUGGUAUACAUGGUAUAACCAUUUGGUUAUUAGUUUUUCUGUGGUAAAAUUGAAAACAUUUUAAUUGAAAAUCAAUUUUUAAAUAUGACUUUAAAUUUUAAUGAAAAAUACUUUUUAUGCUUUCAAUUUUUAUUAUAAUUAUCAAUUGCCCUUUAUAUCAGGUUAUCUGAAAUUGCUCAUUAACAAGUAUGUUGUGGAUAAAAGCAAUAUAAUAAUACUACACACAAUGAAAUAACAUGUGAAUAGACUUUUUAAACUUAGGUAUUUACACAAUAUAGCAACUCAUUGUGAACUCUGCUUUAUGAAAACGUUUUUUAUAUACUUUGAUGCUAGAACCAUGUUUCUAUGUGAACUACUCUACUGCUCCUGAAUUUCCAUCAUCAUUAAAACCAGUCUGUCUGUUUGUCGGUGUCAUUCAUCUCUACUUUCUUUAUUCAUCAGCGUAGUUAUAGAUUAAUCAUUUCAUCAUUUUCACCGUAUGUUGCUUUUGCAUUUGUGAUCAAUUGCUUCACGUAUACAGUUUUUAUUGGUCAUUAUUUUACCUGUGGCAUUAGCCUUGAAAUGUACAGUGAUUUACAAAGUAGUGUGUUUUUUUUUAUAUCAUGCACAUUUUUAAAAAUAUGAUUAUGCUUUUUUUUCAUCAUUUGAUUAUAGAAUUUUGACAUGAGUGAACUCGGAUAGAUAAUUAAAAAAUGAGACCAAAAACAUUGGUAUUGCUGUAAGUAUAUUGUAACAAAUAGAAGUAAUUGGUCUGUCAGUGGUUAGAUUAAUACACAUGUUGAUGUGAUUUGACAUCUUUAAUUUAAAUUUCAAGAGUAUACAUUUAUAUAUUUAUGUAUUUGCUAAAGCCACUUUUUUAUAUAAUAGGUUAAGCUUAUACCUUUCACAUUUGUAGAGUAUUAUUGAAAAACAUGCUUGAUUACAGUAAUCCUGGAAAAUUUUAUGCAAUUGGGUUAUUUAUGUUAAUAUGCAAGUACAGCCUUUCUGUUAAUUAAUAUCUGACAUGGUUUGGUUAGUCAUUUAUAUUUUUUUUUAAUUCUAAAAAAUAUUUAUUUCCAAAAGGAAAGGGAUUGAACAGAUGGCAAGAAAGCCUAUUUAAGUCCUCUCUUAAGUUGUUUCAUUGCAUUGUAUACCAAAAUGAAAUAUUUGGGCACCACAUAUAUAACCCAAAACAUAAGGUACCUUUCCUGGAAAAAUGUCAAAUUUACAGCAAGAGGAAAUAUCCUUGUAAUUUACAGUAGGAGGAAAUAUUCUUGUCAUUACAGUAGGAGGAAAUAUCCUUGUAAUUACAAGAGGAGGGAAUUUCCUUGUUUACAGCAUGUAAGAUGGGCAGUUUCUCUAUAUCAAAGUAAGGGUAGCUUUCCAUUUUAUGAUGAAAGACCUGUUUGAUCAAAAAGUGACAUCUGUAAAUCUGUCAUUAGUUAAUACAGUGGCUAUACAUGGAUCAAAAUUUAUACUGCAUCAUGGGAGAAUAGUUCAGAACUGUGAUGGACAUGGCAUUUCGUGCAUAUAGUGCUGUAGCUUUGUAUUUGAUUGUUGGUUAGCUUUAGUUUUCAUUUUCAUUUUUGGAAUUAUAUAUUUUUUUCCCAAGGAAGAAAACAAUUCUUCCUAGAGGCAUUGAUUUACAGAAAUAUCAUGAAUUUUCAUAGCAAGUCUGAUCCUUUGCUUGGAAUGUGCUGAUUGAAUCAUGGCUUCACAUUUCAUUUAUUUUCCAUUAAUAUGACUAGGAAUGAAGUGUUAUACUGAAUAAUAUUCAGACUGUAAUUGUGAAAUCAACAACCUUGUAGAAUUAUAUAUGUAUAGCAAUACAAUUUUUACUUUUGUUACAAACCAUGUAUGUAAUGAAAUGACUUUUUAUCUUUUUAAAGUAUUGUUCAUUGUUAAAAAAAAUUUGAAAUUAUUUAAUCACUUUUCAAAAUUUACUAAUGUUCAUAAAAUUACAAAUUUUAUCUCCUUGUUACAUGUAUUUUUGAAGCAAAAAAUACAGAAUCGUUUUCAAUUUUAUAGCUAAAAGGUAUUUUCAAGACAUACGAAAACAAUUUAUGAAGCAAUCAAAGACAUGAACAACAUAGUUAUAAAGGAGAGAUAUUAUUAAAAUCUCUGUCUUUCAACUCAAAUUGGAAGUCUACUAUAGUAAAAGCUAGUGUUAUAUAAAUAGUGAUUAAAUUUAGUGAAAUUCUAGUGUUAUAAUAAAUUAGACUGCUUUAUUGUUAGAGAUGUAAUGGAACGCCGCUCUCAGGGAGAAAAAUUAACUACAACAAAAGUCUGUUUUUGUGAACAUUAUUACAUAAUGGUGUGUCCAUAUGUUUUAUUUACUGUGAUCUAAUUAAGUUCUGAAAGCAAUCAUUUUUAUUUCUUGGUCCAAAACAGUCUUCCAUUUUUUGCACAAGGCUGUAUAUGUGCAACAACCAUUUCAACUGCUUUUAAUACAGUCCAUAUGCAGUUUUGCAAGGAAAAUGAGAGGACAGAAACAUUAACUUUUGGACUGCACUGUGCAUCUGUGGGUCAAUAGAUUAGCAUUUUUCAUGUUGAGAUACUCAAGGCAUAUAGCUUAACUAGCAAAGAGCUAAAUGUCUUUCAUAUUCAAUUUAUCCUCAAGGCCAAGGCGAUCUAAAGUCUGUAGGCAAGAUCAGGACCAACAACACAGAGUAAAGUGUGUCUUUGGAACUGAGGAAAUUAUAUGAGCCAUAUAGUGGGGACCAAAGUAAUUCUAAAGAAAUCUUAAAAUUUGAUGAUUUGGCUUUGAGUAUAAGUUAACAGUUAUAGUUUGGUUUACAAAGUUAUGGAAUGUAGAAUGUUUUGCCUGUAGUUGUUGAGGACAAAUAUGAUUUUUUUAGAGUAUCAUGCAUCUGUUGUCAUUGAAACACAAAUCUGAGUCUUUUUUAUUUCAUUUUGUAGAUUUUUUUUUUUAAUUUUCAUUUAAAACUUGUCAUCAUUCAUUAGAAAUAAAAUCACAUGGUUGAUUCAAA